AUGAAAAUUAUAAUUUUUCUUGGACUCUUCGGAGUUACAUUUUCAGCCCCGCUUAUCCCACGGCGCCUUAUGUCUGCUAGCAACAGCAAUGAGUUACUUCUGAAUCUUAAUAAUGGUCAACUUUUGCCACUACAACUUCAGGGCCCAUUUAAUUCAUGGAUUCCUCCCUUCUCUGGCCUUCUACAACAGCAGCAGCAGGCUCGGGUUCCAGGACAUCCCCAGUUCUCACUGUCAACUCUAGACCAGUUUGCUGGACUAUCCCCAAGUCAGAUACCUUUCCCAAGACAAGUCGGUUUUGCCCAAGGAUCCCAGGCUGGCCAGCUAGGCCCCUCACAGCCUCAGGCACCAUCCCAGACCCAGCAGGGUCCCAAUCAUGUGAUGCCCUAUGUAUUUUCCUUCAAAAUGCCUCAGGAACAAGCACAGAUGCUUCAAUACUAUCCAGUGUACAUGCUCCUACCCUGGGAACAAUCUCAACAAACAGUCACUCAAUCACCCCAACAAACAGGGCAGCAACAAUUUGAGGAGCAGGUACCAUUCUAUACUCAAUUUGAAUAUAUUCCACAACAAGCAGAACCUGGUGUACCAGGAGGACAACAGCAAUUGACUUUUGACACCCUCUUGGGCACAGCUCCUGAAACUGUUGUGAUGCCAGGAGGAGAAGUGAUCCCGUAUUUACAGAAAGAGGUGAUAAAAUUUAGCCAUGACAGUGCAGGAGUUCUCAUGCCAUCAACUUCACCAAAACCCAGCACCACCAAGGCUUUUGCUUCCGCCGUAGAUCCAACUAUUGCUCCCGUGCUUCCAGAAGAGAAGGCCAAGACUGAUAGCCUAAGAGAGCCAUAA